AUGAACCCAACUGCAGUCGCCAAUAAAGAAAAGAUCCUCGCUGUACUCUACACAGCAGGCAAGUACGCCAAAGAACAACCAAAGUUAUUGGGUACUAUCGAGAACAAGCUCGGUAUUAAGGACUGGCUCGAGUCUCAAGGCCACGAGUACAUAGUCACCGAUGACAAGGAAGGUCCAAACUCGGAAUUCCAAAAGCACAUCAAGGACGCGACCUGCGUUAUCACCACGCCAUUCCAUCCAGCCUACCUCACUAGGGAUGUCAUGAACAAGGCUGACAAGCUUAAGAUUGCAAUCACUGCUGGUGUCGGUUCUGACCACAUCGACUUGAAUGCAGCAAACGAGCGGAAAAUCACCGUCGCUGAGGUCACCGGUAGCAAUGUUGUUGCUGUCGCUGAACACGUUCUCAUGACUAUUCUCAACUUGGUCAGAAACUUCGUUCCAGCCCAUGAACAAAUCAUGAGAGGCGAGUGGGACGUCGCUCAAGUCGCACGUAACUCUUAUGACUUAGAGGGCAAGGUAGUUGGAACUAUCGGUGCAGGAAGAAUUGGUUACAGAGUUCUCCAAAGACUGAAGCCUUUCGACUGCAAGGAGCUCCUUUACUUUGAUUACCAGGCCUUGCCAAAAGAUGCUGCUGAUGCUGUUGGCGUUCGUCGCGUCGAUGAUUUGAAGGACUUCCUCAGCCAAUGUGAUAUUGUUACUGUCAACGCACCAUUACACGAAGGCACUCACCACUUGAUUAACGAUGACACUAUUAAAUCUAUGAAGCCUGGUUCUUGGUUGAUCAACACUGCCAGAGGUGCUAUCUGCGAUGCCGCAGCUGUCAAGCGCGCUAUGGCUUCUGGUCACAUCAAUGGAUAUGGUGGUGACGUUUGGGACACCCAACCGGCACCUGCUGAUCACCCAUUGCGUUCUGCUUUUAACACAAUGGGUGGAGGAAAUGCCAUGACUGCACACAUCUCUGGAACAUCAUUGGACUCUCAAGAAAGAUACGCUAACGGUGUCAAGGAAAUCCUCGACAACUACUUCAACAAGAAGGAGCAGAAUCCAGCCAACUUGAUCGUUACUGACGGUCAGUACGCUUCAAAGGCUUACGGUAAGCGUUAG